CCCUGUGGCAGACGCUCCUCCCAUGCUCCCUGCGCUCCCCAACCAGCCCCCGGCGCUCCGACCCCGCCGCGCCCCCGCAGCCGACCGCUUUCAGCUCCCGCUCACCCGGCCGCAGGUCGGCUCAGGACAGAAUGGAAGAAAAUUACCACCACAAAAGAGCAAAGAAUUUACUGGAGAGAAACUUUAUGAAUGUAGUGAUUGUGGGAACAUCUUCAGGACUAAGACACAACUUACUGUACAUCAGAGAAUUCAUAAUGGAAAGGUUUUUUAUGAAUGUAAGGAGUAUGCAAAGGCCUACCAUCACAUCACAUUAAACAUCAAAGAAUUCAUACAGGAGAGAAACCUUAUGAAUGUAGUGAAUGUGGUAAGGCCUUCAGGAGGAAUCCACAUCUUACUGAACAUCAGAGAAUUCAUAUUGGAGAGAAAUGUUUUGAAUGCACUGAAUGUGGGAAGGCCUUCAGGAUGAAGGCAUAUCUCGUCCUACAUCAACGAGUUCAUACUGGAGAGAUUCUUUACAAAUGUAAGGAGUGUGGGAAGGUUUUCCACUACAACUCAGCACUUAAUAGACAUCAAAGAAUUCAUUUUGAAGAGAAAUAUUUUGAAUGGAAUGAAUGUGGGAAGGCUUUCGGAAGCCACAAUUUACUGUGCAUCACACCAUUCGUAGUGGAGAAAGACAUUAUAAAUGUAAUGAAUGUGGGAAGUCCUUCAGGAGGAAUCCACAUCUUACUGAUCAUCAGAGAAUUCAUACUGGAGUGAAACCUUAUAAAUGUAGUGAAUGUGGUAAACCCUUAAAGACAUAUCUUACUAUACAUCAGAGAAUUCAUACUGGAGAGAUUCUUUAUGAAUGUGAGGAGUGUGGGAAGGCUUUUGAUCACAACUCAGAUCUUAUUUAGCAUC